GCUUUGCAAGAACCAAGAUAAUAGCAAAAAAUCAGGCUAGCAGAGAUGAUGAUCUCUACAGACUCCAAUGGCACCAGGAGGAAAAAAAACCCCAAACUGCUGCUGAAAAGAGUAAAGCUGCUCCCCACCCUGAGCUUGGCCAUGAAAUGCUUUUGUGGGAGAGGAAAAAUAUUCUUUCCUCCACAAAGAAGGGUGCAGAGGCUGGUUAGCUCAAAGCCAUUCCCCUCAUCUUCUGAACAAAAGGACAGGGAGGGAAUGUUGGAGGAGAAGAGCUGGAAAGGCGUCAGUGAAGCAGCUUUUGACAGGGCGUGCGUGGCUACCCCCAGGACCAGCGACAGGGAGAGAUGCUGCCGCCUGCCUCUCCUGCUGGGCUCGGGGCUGCCCGGUAUCUCCCUGCUUUCUCUGGUGCUGAGCCUCCUGCUGUACUUUCGGACCUCUGAUCUGCAGUCCCGCGUGUCCCACUUGGAAGCGGACAGACCCACACAGAUCCCUGCCUGGCUCUCAGCAGACCAAAUGGAGACCGCUAUUUUGGGAAGAGUUGACCAACUGCUUGAUGAGAAAUUAAAGUUCCAUUUGCCAAGGUAUCGAGAAGUUCGAGAUACACACCAGCGAUGCAACUGCCCGGCAGGUCCACCUGGCCUUAUAGGAAGACCAGGGCUCCCGGGAGAUAAAGGUGCGAUGGGGAUCCCUGGACGGCCGGGAUUAAAAGGGCAACCCGGAGAGAAGGGUGCUCCAGGAGAAGCAGGCAUGUCUAUCAUCGGGCCCCGUGGUCCACCCGGACAGCCUGGAACAAGAGGUUUUCCUGGAUUCCCGGGCCCUAUCGGCUUGGACGGCAAACCGGGUUACCCUGGACAGAAGGGGGAGAUGGGUGCUGCAGGUCCCAGGGGACAACCCGGGCCCCCAGGACAAAAAGGAGAAAAGGGUCAGUGUGCAGAGUACCCGCACAGGCUGUUGCCUCUCCUCAAUUCAGUGCGGCUGGCUCCACCUCCGGUCAUAAAGAGACGCACUUUCCAGGGUGAACAAGGACAAGCAGGAAUCCAAGGUCCCCCAGGCCCUCCUGGUCCACCAGGGCCGGCUGGACCGGCUGGACCUGAAGGAAUCCCAGGGCAGCCUGGGCCAAUUGGACCACCUGGCAUAGCUGGAGAACCUGGGAAGCCUGGCAGAGAUGGAAAGGGCUUACCUGGGCCUCCUGGACCAAAGGGGGACCCUGGGAUUCAGGGAUACCCUGGCAGAAAGGGUGAGGUGGGUGAGUCAGGCCUGCCUGGUGCACAUGGCCUCCCUGGAGCUACUGGCCCCAAGGGUGAAAAAGGGGACACUGGCAUAAAGGGGGAAAGAGGCAUGCCAGGCCUGCCAGGAAGACAUGGCACUAAGGGCGCUCCUGGGGUGGCCACCGCAGGGAUGAAGGGUGAGCCUGGGACUCCAGGAGAAAAGGGAGAUCCUGGAGUCCCAGGGAGGAUGGGCCCCCCAGGUUUGCCAGGGAAGAAGGGGCAGCGGGGUGAGAAAGGACGAGCUGGUGACCCUGGCCUGCCAGGACUCCCUGGCACCAAGGGAGAGAAAGGAAAUGCUGAGAAUGCCUUGGUGGGAGGUAAGGGAGAACCUGGCCCUCCAGGUCUGCCUGGGCCUCCUGGACCAAAGGGAGAAGCUGGUGACAUUGGCCGGCCUGGUGCUGCAGGGUCACAGGGGCAAAAGGGGGAACCUGGUUCACCAGGAGAUCAGGGGCCCAUGGGACCAAGGGGCCCCAAAGGAGAGCCUGGGAAGGAUGAAAUGAUGGACUACGAUGGUAACAUCAGUGAAGCUCUCCAGGAAAUACGAACUUUGGCCUUGAUGGGACCCCCAGGACUUCCAGGUGUGGCUGGGCCUCCAGGGCCUCCAGGACAGAAGGGUGAAAUUGGCUUGCCAGGUCCCCCAGGCCAUGACGGAGAAAAGGGACCACGUGGCAAGCCUGGAGAAAUGGGCCCCCCUGGCCCUCAUGGACUGCCAGGAAAGGAUGGACCCCCUGGAAUAAAGGGAGAGCCAGGCCACAUUGGGGUCAGGGGAGAAAAGGGCGACAAAGGAGAGCCAGGACAAGCUGGCUCACCAGGUCUUGAUGGCUCCACUGGAGAGAAAGGCGAGCGGGGUUAUCAAGGGAUGCCAGGACCAUCAGGAUUGCCAGGUCCCAUUGGACUUCCAGGAUUGACAGGAGAGAAGGGUGAGCCUGGGCAGCGUGGAGACAAAGGAAAUCCAGGAGAAUCGAUAUCUGGACCCCCUGGACCCCAAGGCCCACCAGGACCUCCAGGUCUCCAGGGUCUCCCAGGACCGAAGGGGGAAGCAGGGAUUGAUGGAAUGAAAGGAGAGAAGGGUGCCCAGGGUGAAAAAGGAGACAGAGGGCCACUGGGAUUACCCGGUGCUUCAGGUUUAGACGGCAGGCCUGGACCACCGGGUACUCCAGGACCAAUUGGGGUUUCAGGACCAGCAGGACCAAAAGGAGAAAGGGGUAGUAAAGGAGAUCCUGGAGUUGUAGGACCAAUGGGGCCAGCAGGACUUCCCGGUUUACAAGGUCUACCUGGGGACAAAGGAAUCCGAGGGGAGAGGGGCAAGAAAGGCUCUAGAGGGUCUAAAGGGGAUAAGGGAGACCAAGGAGCGCCUGGAUUAGAUGCACCCUGUCCGUUGGGUCUCCGAGGUUUUAAAGGCGAGAAGGGUGAGCCGGGGUUACCUGGGCUGGACGGCCUGGAUGCCCCAUGCCCAUUGGGGGAAGAUGGCCUUCCAGUUCAAGGCUGCUGGAAUAAGGGUCAAACUCCUUGGCUGAUAGCCAAAAAGUGAGACAAGUCUGAGGGUGGAGAAGCUUGGGAAAUGACAGCACAAUGGAAGGAGAAGAAGGACCUUCCUGAAGAUUUGCUGGAGAUGUUUUGCAAGUUCUUUCCCUGGAGGUUGGGAAGAGUUAUUCAACUGCACACCAGGAAUCUGUGCCAGAUGCUGCCUGCUGGGGCUGCAGGAGCUUGGCGUGCCAACACUUUCUGUUUUGCUUUCCGUACUCUCCCAGAGGCCAGAGGCAGGGUUUGAAAAUGACACCAUUUAUAUUCCUUUUCUUUGGUCAUUUUCACUUCUUUCUAUUAUUGUGGUCAAACUCUUCGGAUGAAGAAUUGGGCUCAUUUUCCAGCAGCUGCUGUAUAAAUGAGUUUAAGACAUGGACAAUAUUUCAGGGGGGGCAUCCUUUGAUGCAAGAAAGAAAUCCUUCUUGAACAAUUAUCUUCAGAGAAGUCGGUGAACCCCCAUGUUAGUUCAGAGUGCUGCUCAGAGAGGAUGUGGAAAAACUUUUUGGUACCGUUCUGAUUGCAGACUUUCACCUACAUCGUUGAUGAUUCCGUCUUUAACCUUUUCAUCACAAACUUUCUUCUCCUGUUAAUUAUAAGAAAGUGAUGGGGUUUUUUUGCCAAAAAGGGAAAAAAGCACAGUGGAUUUUGAAGGCAUGAAAUACUGUCAGAGGAGGAGAAUGUGGAGUGUGGAAAAAACCCUGGUUUCACUGAGUAAUUCCUUUGCUUCCUGUACUUCUGCUUUGGUUUCCACCAUGCACACUGGAUGCAUUUUGUCUGGAGCCCUUCAGAAAUGUUAUUUUGCUGGCCCAUUAAGGCGCUUUUGUGGAUACAUCUAAGCAGAUGUACUUCCAGAUGGAAAAUGAGGAUUGUUGAAGUCUACUGUUUCAUACAUACAGUGAAGAAAAAUAAAGAUUUGGCAAAGUGCUGAGGGGUGCAGAGGACUAUUCCCAGCUGCCUGAAGGGCAGAAUAUACAACUUGGGUACUUCGUACCAACUGCUGUGCAAAUCUGGCAUCCCUU